GCAUUUGAAAAAGAUUUCAUACUUCAAAGCAACUACAGCCGUCAUUGAGAGGAAAUAUGUAUGUGUUUGAUGAUAUGUUUAAAUCAACAUUUAGAAGAAUUGUGUUGUUCGUCGGCCUCGUCGCAGUAAUUUGUGCGACGAAGGUGUCCACGGCGCACAGAUUGAACGUGCCCCGAGUACUGUUACCUGUAUUCAACAACUUUGCGGUAAAUUUUACGCUAGAAGUAACGGACAGCGGCUGCUACAAAUGGUCAACCUCGCGUUUGGAUAUCAUACAACUAAUUCCCAUAAAUGAAAACUUUGACAGAACAUGUUCAUCAGCAUUAUUAAUCCAAACCAUAACAAGAGAGCUGACAAGGAACACAGCAAUUGUAUUAGCAGAAGAUAUCAACACAGGUCAUUUUCUACGAUGCGAUGUCAUAGUAGAUGCAAUUUUCUCUUUAAAUCUCACAACUACUACGAGAGAAUUGUACAUUGAAGAUAUACCAGAAGCGUUUGAGGUGAGAGCGUAUGACGAACAAGGAAACCAGUUUACUACUUUAGCAGGUAUAGAAUUUCUAUGGACUAUUGGUGAUGCCGAUAAGCGUGCGCCAUCUGAUAUUAAAUCCACAAGUAACGUAUUACGCUUUAUGACUUAUGAGGAAUCACAGUAUGAAAGACCUGUUAGUGUGGCUGCAUUGGACAGCAUUGGUAAAAGAGGCCACAUUGUUCUCAUAGAAGGUGUUAGAACCGGUACAGCCAAGGUGUCCGUCAGAUUGCCACAUUCAGAAUAUAAACAUGUACCAUCGAUAGAACUCGAGUUAAUCGUUAUUGCUAAUUUAAUAAUUAUUCCGCCGGAAAUAACGAUAAUGGCUUAUGACAGCUUCAAGUACAAAAUAAUGCACACUCGGCAAGGACGCUUAGAAGAGAUCAGCCUGCCCUCGAGUCAGUAUUAUCUGGAGGCCGAGAAUUCUGAUAUAUUGGAGAUUGACAACGAUCAUGAUUUCGCGUAUGGUCGUAAAACAGGACGUACCAAGGUCUUUCUACACGAUAAAAAUGUCCGCGAGGAAUACCCAGUUAUUCUGCCUUCUGCCAUAGUCAAUAUACAUGAAGUAGCUUACAUCUCGCUUUCUGUUUUGCCGAACAGAAAUUGGGGGUUGAUAUUAGAUCACAGUCAUGAGAUCAUUGUGGAAUUAUACGACAGUAAAGAUCACAAAUUUCAUGUCGGAGAAGGCGUGGAAGUUUCUAUGAAGAUAGACGAGCAAUACUUAGAACCAAAAUUGAUUACGCAGAACGGCACUUACGCUGUCGUAGUGCCAAUUACUUGUGGGAUGACGAUCGUGGAGGCAACAUUGCGCGGUAUAAUCGAUAAACGCGGCAAGAAGAUACCAUUUGUGCCGCAACUCUCUACUAAAGCUGAACUCACGGUACACACGCCGGUAAAAGUUCAACCUCGUGUUUUGACUAUUCCUUGGGACGUUGUGAACAAAUCCAAAUUUGAUAUUAUGUUGAAAGCAAAUGGUGGAGAUGGCUCCUAUGUUUGGUCCAAUAGACAACCGUCAACAGUGGCUGUCUCACAGACCGGUGGCAUUAGAAUUUUAUCAGCAGGCAUAGCAGAAGUGGUCGUCGCGAUGGCGAGAAAUCAGUACAACAAAGACACAGCGAAGAUAUACGUAUUGUCACCUUCGAGGCUGAAGAUUAUAGAAUACAACAUGGAAGCGGCUCUAGGGGAACCGAUUCACCUACACGUCGCAUUAUUCGGGAGGCUGAUCAAUGGAUCCGAUGUCAAAGAGAUACCCUUUAGUGACUGCAAGGACAUUGAUUUCGCGGUGCAUAUUUCGGACAAGAAUUUCGUCCAGAGUUACGAUAAAAAUGUGCAACCGGUUGGCGCGGCGUGUGCUGUACUAACUAUUACCAAUUAUCGCUCCGUCGGGACGUUUGACGUGAUCGUGGCCUACAGCGUGAACGACAAUAACGCGAUCGAUGAAUAUCUAUCGGAUAACGUCACCGUGUCUGCACACGAACCGCUCACGGCGAUACAUCCGGAGAGCAAAGAGACGUUACUCGUCGUGGGAUCCUCUAGGAACGUGAUAUUCAAAGGCGGACCGCUGCCGUGGACGAACAAAUCUCAGGAUUACUCGCGAGAGGUGCGCCUGUCGAACGAGCAGAUCGCCGAGGUGGUGGAGUAUGAAGAUUCGAUGAACAGACAAUUCGACAGAGCCGUCUUCAAGGUGAUAUGCAAGGCGCUAGGCGCAACAGCGCUGACGUACACGGUAUCGAACGUGCCUCUGUUUCCCAACUGCCGGCGCAGCUACGCGUCGGAAACGGUCGACAUCGUUUGCGGCAAACCCAGGUACAUCUAUUUGCAACCGGAGUUUAAGGACGGCAAAAAUUGCCCGAUCAGUCAGAAUACGAACAAGGUAAUCGCGCACAGCGACAAACGUCUGAAGAUCUCCGUAAUCGUCAAGGACGAGGACGGCAGGCGAUUCGACAAUAUCACAAGCUUGAAUAUCGAGUGGAAUCUGAAGCCGUCGGGCAGCGGCAUCGUGGAGAUCCCGUCCAGCACGAUAGAGGAGACGGAGACGGAUAUGAAUAUAAUUCUACCGAAGAGCCACUAUCAGAACAUCAUUUUUAAGAAGCACCAUGGCACUCUCAUGAUAUACACGACUGUCACCGGUUACCAGAAGCAGGUUCUCAACCGACUGAAGAUCGUGCCGGAGUGGCCUCCGUUUCCCAUCGAGAAUGAGAGAGGCGGAGUGGAGACCCCGCUGAUAGAAGCCUCUAUCGAAACAACUCUAGUGAACGACACCGUCGUCAACCCCGACAAUCUGAUGAUUUUGAACGACUCGAAUAUGAAGUCAUAUUUGCAAGUUAGCCAAGGCUCCGGUUACUACGAAUUCAUUCUUAGUUCGGACGUGAUAGCGGAUGUCCGUUACAUGGAUACGACGAGGAUGAUCAGCGUGACGCCGAGGAAGCCGGGCGUGCUUCACAUAACAUUAGUGGAUCUCUGUUUACCCUCGAAGUCGGCAGAAGUUCGCGUUGAGGUGCAGCAACUCGCGGCGAUCGAGGUGGACACCGUGAACAAGAUCGAGAAGGGCAAGUGCGUAACGGCCCUGCUGAGGCUGUGCGACACGAAUGGUCACAUCGUGAAGCUGCCGUCUCUCGGCGCAGUGGACUUCCGCGCCGAGAUCGACAAUGAGUACGUCGAGAUCAAGCAGCUGCCCGCCGACGAACAGGGCGCCGCGCCUUACGAGCGCACGCUGUACAAGAUUUACGGCGUGUCGGAGGGCGAGAGUCAGCUGACCUUCACGAAGAAAGGCGACCACGAGAUACGCAGCGAGCCGAUCACCGUGCAGGUGUUCGUGCCGUUGCGAGUGCAGCCGAGAAACCUGACGAUCCUGAUCGGCACCAUUUAUCAGAUGCAGACGAUCGGUGGUCCGCCGAACGCCGAGAUCGAGUUCGCGACGGAGAGCGGCGAUGUCCUGCGCGUCGAUCGCAACGGGAUCCUCGAGGGAAAGUCCGCGGGCCGAACGAAAAUACGCGUACGCGCCGUUGGGCUGGACGCCAAGGGCAACAAGGUGAUCUACUCGGAGGAUCGCGCCGACAUACACGUUCUGCAUCUCGAGGGGGUGAAGAUCUUGACUCCGGUGAACAGAGUGAAGAUGGGCGCCACGUUUCCCCUCUGGGCGUUUGGUGUUCCCGAUUAUCUCACGCCGCUCAUCAUCGGCUCGAUGCAGCUGCCGCUGAGCUUCGCGUGGUCGUCGAGCGAUCCCGGUUUGCUGACUUUGCACAACAUGUACGAGGGCACCGGCAUCAAUAUCAGAUACCAGAACCAAGUGUCGCUGAGAGCGAGGGCCGUGAGCCCGGGCGUGGCGACGAUCUAUCUGAAUGUCACCGUGCCCUGCAACAUGCUGUCCGGUUUCAGCAAGAACGACAUCACGUACACGACGUUCGUGAAGAUCGAGAUCUUCGAGGAGCUAAGCCUGAUCAAUCCGGUGACGUCGGGCGAAUCGGUAGUGCCGAUACUAAUGUCGCCGAAUUCUAUCUUGCAGCUGCAAACGAACCGGGACAAGCACGGCGCGACGACUUACAAGGUUCUCUCCAGCACGCACGGUAACGAGCCCGAGGAUGCGCACGCCUUAACGCCUGCCGCGAAGACCGUGACCGUGGAUAAGAGCGGCAUCGUGAGAUCCGGCGAAAAUAUCGGUCAGACUGUUAUUUCCGUUGUGAAUACCGAAGCGUACAGCUUGAAGCAAUCGUUGACGGUCGUCGUCGAGGUUAAACCUAUUCACUAUAUGAUGCUCUCCUUGAAAUCCAGACUGCGCAUACGGAGCGGCGAGGAGCUGAACAUGUUACCGAAGGGAAUGGAAUUGGAUUACGUCGUGGAUUACUAUGACAACGUCGGGAAUAAGUUUCACGCCGCCGAGACCAAUGUGAAGGCUAUGCUUAACCGCGCCGAUUUAGCGUCGUUCACCACAAACUCGGAUAAUAUCAUCACCGCUAAGUUCCUGGAGAACGGCGAGCUCGUUGUGAAAGCUUUCAACGAGAGGUAUCCCAACACAAUGUUUGAUUACGUUUACAUGAUGAUCGGCGACAUCGUGUUUCCGACGAAAACAACUUUAACCGUCGGCGACGUUAUAUGCUUCUCCAUGCCGCUCCUUUCAUCCGACGGAGACCCGGGAUACUGGCAGUCUUCCGCACCUGAGAUAUUAUCGGUAGAUCCCAUCACGGGCAUAGGACGCGCGAGAAACGUCGGGAAUGCCGUUAUAAAGCACAGCCUCGCGACACAUGUGCAGAGUGAAAUAGAAGUCAACAUUCUACCGAUUUCACGGGUGUCUAUCGUUCCUCUGAGAGGAAAGAAUAUCACUGGCACGGAAACGUUCAGCGUACCGCUUGUACUGAAGAGCAAAGAGGAAGAGAUCAAGGAGAAUAACGUAUUAGCGAGAGGUUUGGGAGGCUGUCGAACGUUGUCAUCGUUCGCGCUCAACGCAUUUCCCUAUACGUGUAACAUCCAGUUCGUCUCGUCGGCUUCGUUGAUCGCCGUGAAGGAUCUGUUCCUUGUGAAGCCGCGAUUCGACAUCGUUACAGGCUUCUAUUACUGCGAUAUCACGCCGAUGAGUCCGUCGAAUGUAGUCGCCAGUACGAUAGAAAGCCACAUCCAAAUCAGUGCCCAGAGUCGAGACAUCGAAUCGGCAGCUUUGGAACUGACCUUUUUGCCGCCUAUGUACAUCGACACCAAGGAAAUUAUAUUCGUCGCCACUCAGGGCACCGUGCCGUCAGUAACGUUUGAAGUGUACGGAGUACCAUCGGUAUUGCAGCAUCUCACCAUCAAUGUACCGGAUGGUGUAGCUAUUACAUGGCAACAAUACCUUUCCAAGCCUAUAAUGCAAUGCAGACUGCGUUUAAUACAUAAUCAGGACGAGAUUCAAGGACAAAAAAUUUAUAUUGCAAAUGACUUAACAAAGCAAAAUAUAUCUCUUCACAUACGUAUAUCGAGAAACAUUCAUUUCAUCCCUGUAUCCGGAGUUCAAUGGGUGAAUUAUGUAUAUUUUCACCGAUACAUUCUCGGAAUAUUCGCCGUUAUCGUGAUUACAAUUUUUUAUUUAUGGAAAUAUAAGGUAGUGAAUGUCUUUUUGACAGUUAAGAACAGAGACGUUUUUGCUGAUAAAUCUCCGCUGAUGAUGAGGAGAGCAAUAUGUACGCCGAACACCUCUAGAACUAGCAGCAGUCCGCGAACUCCGCUCACAUCGCCAUUACGCCCAUUUUCGGCGUUUGAAACACCUAUUUACGGCGAUCCGCGUUGUUUCGGCACGCCCUACCUUAGAAGGAGAGAACUUGAGAGACGAGAAUAAAUCUCUGCAUUGUUGAGAAUGAUUCGUUAAAAACUAUUGGCUUCAAUCUUAAUUUAAGAAAUAUUUAAGUCUCGAUUAAGAUAUUUAAUUUUUUAAGAACGAGUUUUCUAAGAUAUUUAAUUUUCUAGGAACGCGCGUAAACUGAUACGACUGGUACUUCCAUUAGGUCUUCACUCAUAUUAAAGUGCAUAAUCGUAAAAUGGUGCCUAAAAGUCAAAACUGCCACUGGCUUUUUUUCUGUAUUGAAAAUUACAGAAAUUUUCACUUCUCAAGAAAAAGAGACUGGGUUUUUCGUAACAAAACUUGUUUGUACUUUAUCUUAACGCAUUGCAUAAUAUCUAUACAUAUAUAAUUAUAACGUUAUAUAUAUAUAAAAUAACGUUAUAAUACAUAUAUAGUUAUACGAUAUGAUUUAGUGAUUGUAUAUACGUGUAAAGUAAACGUGUAAAGUGUUACAGUUGCCAUCUUAAAUAUUGCUGUGGCACAUUUUUGUAUUAUGUUCAUUUUAAUAAUGACGUGACAAUUUUCUACGAUCCUAGUCGUAAUAUUUUUCAUUUCAUUUGAAUAAGAUAGCAGCAAAUUUGUAGUUAAAUACACACGUUAGAUGUAUCACGUUACAUCAUAUGUUAUCAUGAACAAUGUUACCUUUUUAUAUUUUGUCAAACUGUGAUAUGUGC